AUGAGCCAGAAGGAUCUCGAAACAUAUGAAGUGCAGCUCUCACAGGUCGACGAGGCGCUCGCUGUCGAUCCCGAUAACGCUGAGCUUACCUCUCUUCGCUCCGAGCUUAAGGAGCUUAUCGAGCUCACGCGCGCGUCCAUUGCAGAAAGUGAGGCAGCUGCAUCAUCGCGCGCAGAAGCUUCCCGCAAGACAUCUACAUCUACGCCUGCACACAAGUGGUCUGCUGGAGAUGAAUGCUUGGCGAAGUACUCAGGCGACAAUAGCUGGUACCCCGCCCGUAUCACCUCCGUUGGUGGCUCCUCCCAGAAACCCGUGUAUAGCAUCGUCUUCAAGGGCUAUAACUCGACCGAGAUCGUGGACGCAGCGGCGUUAAAGAUCCUCCCGCCGAACUACUUGCAGAGCUCUGCCUAUGCCAACAAACGCAAGCUCACGCCUCAGGAGGAGGAGGAGAGGGAGCGCAAGAAGCGCAAGAACGAGAAGAAGCUUGAGGUCCGCGCUGCAAAGGCGAAGGAGCAAAACCAAAAGCAGCAGACAUGGCAGAAAUUUGCUAAGAAGGCAGAUAAGAAGGGUGUACACAUCGCCGGCACUUCCGGGACGAGUAUUUUCAAGACUCCCGAUAAUCCAUUGGGCCGAGUCGGCGUCACUGGAAGCGGAAAGGGUAUGACGGAAUAUUCUCAAAUGGGAAAACAUAAGUUCGUCGUGGAUGAUGACGAUAAUUGA